UCAGGUGCCGCAUACGCAUAACCUACGUAUAGAAUACGCAUUAAAAAAUCGCAAAGUGAAUAAUACAGUGAAAAAGUGUAAUAAAUAGACAAAUUAGACAACGAUUUAUCAGUGAGAAUGUUUUCUGAAGAAACAAAAUAGUGAAACAACUUAUAAACAACAUUAUAUUAUGCCCAGUUUUAACUCGCAGAACAUUGUGUAAACUGACUAUUAUCGUUUAAAUCAACAAUUUUGUGUCUAAUUAGGAUCAACGAAACUCAUAAGUGCUUAAAUUUAGGACAUACAGUGUUAAUAUUUGUGUUUGUUUACAAAUAAAUUGUGCACAAUGACAAUUAAAAAUAAUUAGUUUUUGGACAAUACCCACUUCGAGAAAAAAUAUUAUAGCGCCUACAGAAAAUUUAGCUGCAAACUCUCAUAAUGCGAUAAAUGAUCAUUUUAUCCAAAGGCGGACAAAACAUGAAACAUAGAAAACACUAAGCUGUCACUACCUAGUUUUCCAUUUCAAUAAUUGUUACGCACGUCGCUAAUUAUACAUACUUGCCAUCUACUUGCUGCGUUUUACCAAUUUAACGAUUAUAUAAUAUGGAAGGGCAAUUUCAAAUUCUGUUUGAUAAAAUGAAGGUCGAAAUGCAGAACCAAACUGCAGAGUUAAAAGAAUCGAUAACAAAAAAUGUAAUGAAACAUAUGGAGGAAAAAUUAACUCCCAUUAUAGAAGAAAACAAGACAUUAAGACUUAGAGUAGAAAAGUUGGAGAAGGAAAUUGAGUAUUUAAAUAGAGACAAAAGAAAUAAUAAUAUUAUUGUGUACGGUGUGGAAGAGAACGAAAGAUCGGAUCUGGAACUAUUGGAAGAGGUCAAGAAUACUUUUAAAAAUGAUACGAAUAUUGAUAUUGACCCACGCGAUAUUAAUAAAAUACAUCGCAUCGGUAAGAAAUUAAGAGAAGGUAAUAAACCGAGGCCUAUACUCUGUUCGUUUACAAGCAACUGGAAAAAGAACGAAAUCAUUAAGAAUAAAAAGAAAUUGAAAAAUAUCUAUGUAAAUGAAGACUAUCCAAAAGAAGUUUUAGAGAAGAGGAAAGCGUUGCAAGUAGAACUAAUUGAAGAACGUAAUAAGGGAAAAAUAGCAUACAUAAAAUAUGAUAAAUUAAUAGUAAAAGACCACAAUACAAACAAAGAAAAAAGAAAAAGAGAAACAUCCGUCUCGCCUUCUACUCAUGUUAGCCAUCCGAAUAAACAACAGGCUUUAUCUUCCAUCAAAACGAACAGGACAAACGCUUUUGAUAUGAUGAGAGCUAGAUCAAACUCUUUUCCUAACUCACCCGCAACAAAAAAUCAAUAACAAUUAAACAUCGGCAAACGGAAAACGAGACUUAGUGAUGACAAUAAAACAUUUAAAUCAAUUAAUGAACACAAAUCUCCCCCAAGCCGACUGGUCCUCGUGGGGGCUAACGACCACGACCCUCUAAAAAUAGAAGGAAAGACAGGAAAACAUUCAUCAGAUAUAUUUAUAGCAACUCUCAAUACAAGAUCACUAAGAACCCCGGAAAAACUUAUAGAAUUAGAAACAGCCAUAGAACAUAUAAAAUGUGAUAUCCUAGGAAUAAGCGAAGUAAGAAGACUGGGAGAAAAAAUUAUCGACUACGACAACUAUAUUCUACAUUACAAAGGUGAAACCGCAGGGUUAUAUGGAGUAGGGUUUAUUAUUAAGAAAAACCUAUCAAAAGGCAUAAUAGAGAUAAAAGGAAUAUCGGAAAGAAUAGUAAUUCUCAACAUAAAACUACCCACAAAUAGGAAAAGAUAUGAAACAUGGUCGAUUAUUCAAGCGUACUCACCUACAGAAUCGGAUAAGAAAGAAGAUAUUGCAAUAACUGACCAAUUCUAUCAAGAACUACAAACAACACUUGAAACCGCUUACAAAAAUGUUAUCGUUAUGGGCGAUUUCAAUGGACAGAUUGGAACAAGACAGGUGGGUGAAGAAUAUACAGUAGGAAAAUAUGGUAUAGGGAAAAGAAGUAAGAAUGGAUCGAGAAUAGUAAACUUUGCAUUAGAAAACAAACUGAGCAUCUUAAAUAGUUUUUACAAAAAGAAGAAAACAAAGAAAUGGACAUGGACAUCUCCUAAUGGAAUGUAUAAGAACGAAAUUGAUUUUAUAAUGUCAAAUAAUAAAGACGUUUUUAAAGAUGUUUCAGUCAUAAAUAAUCUAAAUUUUAAUACGGACCAUAAGAUGGUUAGGGCCACAUUAUCAGCAGAUAUUAAUAAAACGAAUAGAAAAUUUUACAGAAAAAUCCUACCCACCAUCUUUCCUAGCAAUAAUAAUGAUAAAUUCCUUAAUAACUUACAAAAUGAAAUAAUAAAGAAUGACAAACCUAGUAUGUCAAUGCAAGGAAAAUAUGAUAGUUUAAUAAACAUAUUAAAAACUUCUAUAACGAAAUCGGCCGCAGAUGUGAAAAAAUCUAUUUCAAAAGAAGCAAAACAACUACUAGAGGAGAGGAAAGAUCUUAUACGAAGUGGAAAGAAGGGAGAAGUACGCAAACAGAUAUCAGAGUUAAGUAAAAAG